GAGGGGGGAGGGACGCACUCCCAGCCUCCUCCAGGGCAAGCCUUCUCCUCCCCCUGCCCAACCCCAGACUCCGGACCUGCCGCCGUCGGAGACACCCCGGAGAUCCCCUCCAAGAUCCUUAACCCUGCCCCGAGACACCCCUCGUCCUCCCAUCUCACUCCUUCAAACCCUGUGACCCACCCCAGCCCUGCUCCGCCGGCCCUGCCCCCAGACCGCAAGAUCCGGGAUGGCUCAGCGCCCCAGACCCCAGCUCAGGACGCUUCCUUCGCCUCUUGCCCCGUGGUCCCCUCACAACACUGGGCACCCCUUUUUCCCACUUUAUCCUCUUCGUCCAGUUAGGGCGCCCCGUUCAACCCUCACUCCUCUCUCCAACUCCUACAAGCCGCCCCCAAUUGGGGGCACCCCGAUUCUCAGCCCCUCGAGUCUCAAACUCCCCUAUUCGUGUCCCCCAGAUCUGUCCUCCCCCCAGGAGAAGACUCCCCCAUUUCUACAGCUCUCAGCCUCAAGACAUCCUUUCUGCCCCCCAGCCUCCAGAACCCACCUGUCCCAUGGGGAUCCCCCUCAUCUCCAGAUCCUUCCCUCAGGCCCUGCCCCUCAUCCCCCACUCACCCUUCCCGGCUCCCCCAUCCCAGUCCUCCCGGAGGUUGGCAGCAGGGGCUGGGCCUGGUCUGUACCUGGACAGUGCACCUGGAACCCCGCCUCUGCAGCUUCUAGGGGCUCUGCCAGGGUGCCCCAGGGCUGGGUCAGUUGAAGUCUCCUUUCCCAGCCUCACUGUGGGCCCCCGAGGAGCUGCAGAUGGGGCCUGGACCUGACGUGCCUUGUGCAGCCCCACGGGCUCUGCCCUCUGUCUGGCUUUGCGGGGCGUCCCUUGCUCCCCAGCCUCUCAGAGUUAGGGAUUCUGCCGGGACCGAUGGGUCUGGGCCAAGCGUGACUGGGGCAGGCUCUGAUUCACGGCCUGGAAAAUCCCUCCUUAGUCAUCUGCCAAGUGUCCCUGAGGCCUGGGCCGGUCACUGGCCCUCCCACUUUCCCCCGAAACCCCGGACUGGGGGCUCUGCAGGGCCCCCGCUCCUUCAUUGUGUGUGAGACACCCAGAGUAGUCCUCAAACCAUCUCCAGGGCUCCCACGCACCUGCCCUGGCCAGGCCGGGCACAGGGGAAGCGCUUGCCCGCAGGAGCUCCUGGAAUCCUCUGCAAGCCUUUGGGAGUUGUUCUCCUUCCCACUUUGAGGAAACUGGGGCACAGAGAGGUUGAGAAACUUGCCCAAGGUCACCCAGCCAGUGAGUAGCAAGCCUGGAUUGGAAGAAGGCCCAGCCAGCUCAGUUCACUGCCCAGAGUCCCCAGGGGCAGCCUAUGGGAAGCUGGGCACAGAGCCUGUCUUGGGAGUCAGAGCUCGUCAGCUGUGGGACUCUGAACAGGUCGAGGAGCGGUUCUCCCGGGUGCCGGAGCCGGUCCAGAAGCGCAUCGUGUUCUGGUCGUUUCCACGCAGCGAGCGGGAGAUAUGUAUGUACUCGUCGCUGGGCUACCAGCCCCCAGAGGGCGAGCAUGACGCCCGGGUGCCCUUCACCCGCGGGCUGCACCUGCUGCAGAGCGGGGCUGUGGACCGCGUGCUGCAAGUCGGAUUCCACCUCAGCGGAAACGUCCGGGAGUCUGGGGGCCCCGGGGAGCCCGAGCGCCUCUACCGUGUCUCCAUCAGCUUUGACCGCUGCAAGAUCACGUCCGUGAGCUGUGGCUGCGACAACCGCGACCUCUUCUACUGCGCGCACGUGGUGGCGCUGUCGCUGUACCGCAUCCGGCACGCACGCCAGGUGGAGCUGCGGCUGCCCAUCUCCGAGACGCUCUCGCAGAUGAACCGGGAGCAGCUGCAGAAGUUCGUGCAGUACCUCAUCAGCGCCCACCAUACCGAGGUGCUGCCCACCGCCCAGCGCCUGGCCGACGAGAUCCUCCUGCUGGGCUCCGAGAUCAACCUGGUGCAUGGCGCCCCAGACCCCACGGCGGGCGCGGGCAUCGAGGAUGCCAACUGCUGGCACCUGGAUGAGGAGCAGAUCCAGGAGCAGGUGAAGCAGCUGCUGUCCAACGGCGGCUACUACGGCGCCAGCCAGCAGCUGCGCUCCAUGUUCUGCAAGGUGCGGGAGAUGCUGCGCAUGCGGGACUCCAACGGGGCGCGCAUGCUGAUCCUCAUGACCGAGCAGUUCCUGCAGGACCCGCGCCUGGCCUUGUGGCGGCAGCAGGGCGCGGGCAUGACGGACAAGUGCCGGCAGCUGUGGGACGAGCUGGGGGCCCUGUGGGUGUGCGUCGUCCUGAGCCCCCACUGCAAACCAGAGGAGCAGGCCAGCUGGCUCCAGCUGCUCGGCCAGUGGGACAAGCUGGACAUGUGCCCGCUGGAAGAAGGCAAUUACUCUUUCGAUGGCCCCAGCCUGCAACCCACUGCGCCCCUUGGCCCAGGCUCGGAGGAGGAGGAGGAGGAGGUGGUGGCUGCAGGUUCCCGCCACACCGUGUUCGGCCGUGCCCUGCAGGCCGGGUCGCUGCGCUGGAGCGACCCCCACCUGCAGAGGAUCCUGGCCAGCGACUCCUACGGCCCCAGCCUCACAGGCAGUGUGGGCAGCGACAAGCCGACCUUCGACCCCCAGGGCCGCCCACUCUGGCUGGGCGAGCCCUUCCCCACUGCCUGUGCCCGUGUGGACACCCUGCGUGCCCAUGGCUACCCCCGCCAGGCCCUGCGGCUGGCCGGCGCCAUAGUUAACACGCUCCGGCUGCAGCGGCGACACCAGCUUGAGACCUACAAGCAGCAGAAAAAAGAGCUGCUGCAGAAAGGCUCCACCUGCAUCACCAACACCGAAGGAUGGGUGGGCCACCCCCUGGACCCCAUUGGCUGCCUCUGCAGGGCGCUCCUGGAGUCCUGUCGCCUGGAGGAGGAGACCCUCGCCCUUUACCCAGACUCAGGCCCCGAGAAGCGGAAGGUGGCCUACCAGCAUGUGCCCGUGCCCGGGACCCCUGGGGAGUCCUACUUGGCGCUGGCGCUGGAGGUGGCCCUGCUGGGCCUGGGGCAGCAGCGGGCCCUGCCGGAGGGGCUGUACGCCCAGGACAAGGUGGUGCGCCACGAGGAGCAGCUACUGGCCCUGCUGGAGGAGGUGGAGCUGGACGAGCGGCUGGUGCAGGUGCUGCGCAAGCAGGCGGGGCUCCUGCUGGAAGGGGGUCCCUUCAGCGGCUUCGGAGAGGUGCUGUUCCGGGAGAGCGUGCCCAUGCACACCUGUGCCCGGUACCUGUUCACCGCGCUGCUGCCCCACGACCCCGACCUGGCCUACCGCCUCGCGCUGCGGGCCAUGAGGCUGCCCGUCCUGGAGACGGCGUUUCCGGCCGGAGAACCACACCCCAACCCGCUGGACUCCAUCAUGAGCAGCCGCUUCCCCCGCUGGUUCAUCCUUGGGCACCUGGAGACCCGCCAGUGCGAGCUCGCCUCCGCCAUGCUGACGGCUGCCAAGGGAGACCCCAAGUGGCUGCAUGCAGUCCUCAGCUCCAUCCAGCAGAACAUCCACUCACCAGCCCUACUCUUCAAGUUGGCGCAGGACGCCUGCAAGACGGCCACCCCAGCCAGCGCGCCACCGGACACCACCCUGCUGGGCAUCGCGCUGGAGCUGGGCCUGCAGGUGAUGCGCAUGACCCUGAACUCCAUGACCUGGCGGCGGAGGGAGAUGGUGCGCUGGCUGGUCAGCUGUGCCACGGAGAUGGGCCCACAAGCCCUGAUGAACAUCAUGCAAAAUUGGUACUCCUUGUUCACCCCGGUGGAGGCGGCCACCAUCGUGGCGGUGACGGGCACCUCCCACGCCACGCUGCUGCGGCUGCAGCUGGACGCGGCCCGGCGGGAGGAGCUGUGGGCCUGCGCCCGCACCCUGGCCUUGCAGUGCGCCAUGAAGGACCCGCAGAACUGCGCCUUGCCCGCGCUCACCCUGUGCGAGAAGAACCACGCGGCCUUCGAGGCGGCCUACCAGAUCGUGCUGGACGCCGCUGCCGGCGGCCUGGGCCACGCGCACCUCUUCACCGUGGCGCGCUACAUGGAGCACCGCGGCCUGCCGCUGCGGGCCUACAAGCUGGCGACGCUGGCCCUGGCGCAGCUCAGCAUCGCCUUCCACCAGGACAGCCACCCCGCCGUCAACGACGUGCUCUGGGCCUGCUCGCUCAGCCACUCGCUGGGCCGGCAUGAGCUCUCGGCCAUCGUGCCCCUCAUCAUCCGCAGCGUCCACUGCGCCCCCAUGCUCUCGGACAUCUUGCGCCGCUGGACCCUCUCGGCGCCCGGCCUGGGGCCGCUGGGGGCCCGCCGGGCUGCCAAGCUGCUGGGCCCCGACCGGGCGCCCCUCUGCCAGCUCCUGGACGCCGCGGUGGCCGCCUACAUCGCCACCAGCCACUCCCGCCUCACCCACAUCAGCCCGCGGCACUACGGCGACUUCAUCGAGUUCCUGGGCAAGGCCCGGGAGACCUUCCUGCUGGCGCCUGACGGGCACCUGCAGUUCACGCGGUUCCUGGAGAGCCUCAAGCAGACCUACAAGGGCAAGAAGAAGCUCAUGCUGUUGGUGCGGGAGCGCUUCGGCUGAGUGGCAGCCGGCGGCCGGCAGGCGUGGGGCCCCCGCCCCGCCUCCAGGCGCCCGCUCCUGGCGGGGGCCUCGACGCUGGAGGCCCCCGGGGCGUUUCAGUAUUAAGUCAGGGAAGGAGCCUGGCUGGAGCUAGCGGUCUUGCCUGCCAAUCCCCCAAGCCCGGAAGCGGUAGGAGGCAGGGGUCCUGCCACACGCGUGCCUAGGAGUGUGCGAGCAAGUGUCGAGACUCUAGGAUCAGAAGCCAUACCACCACCCAGAGGCCUGGAAGGGGGUGUGUGCUUGGGCAGCUGGUAUGACCCCACGUCAGACACCCCAAAAGCAAUAGGCAAGCACCCCCUCCCCAAAGUCACAGGCCUACCUUGGGCUGGGUUGGGGCAUAGCGGGCUGGGAGGCAGGCCUUUCCAGAAACGGGCUCUCAAAAGUCCAUGUAGCAGACCCUCCCCGUGCCCCACUGGGUGGCCAGGGCACUUGUGUUAGGGCGUCUGGAUCUCCUUUUGUCUCUUCCCCUCUCUGCCUCAGGGGCCCUGUUCCACAGCCGCGUGCCCCUCCAGGCUGCCCAGCUGGGACCAAUGGCUCACCCCCACUGAAGGAUUUGAAGAGGCCUCAGGCCUCGGCCACAUACCUCACCCCCGUCCGGCCAGGACUCCCAUUCCUGUGGGGCCAGGGUCCCAGGGCGGCUGGGGGGUCAUUGCUGUCCCUCCCCUCCCUGUCAGUCACUGGACAUACAACUCAGGAACAGAGCCAGGCUCACGCUGUCCUCCAAACCCUGUGUCGGGAGACAAGCACAGGCGAGCCAGGGCCCCCGCCCCGAUCUGGAAGGGAAAGAGGCUGGCAUCCCGCUCUCUGCCUGCCUCUUUCUCUCCCUUCCCAUAGUUUUCUGCCUUCGGCCUGCCUUUCUGUUUGCAUCUCUAAGUCCCAGCUGCUGUCUCUCUUUGGCCUCGCCCCCCCACCCCACCUUGGCCCAGAGAGGUUGGGGGAGUCUGUCCCAUCCCAGUCACUCUUCUCUAUUUCCUCCUCUUGUAAUUAAGGACAAAAGAUCACAUCAUUUUGUAACUUUUUUCUAUUUAUUGAACCAUAUAUUGUAUUUUCUUUUUCCUUUUUUUUAAAAGAUUGAACACACA